AUGGAGACUCCCUCCAACUACCCUCGGCCAUACUCAACGAGGCAGAAUGCCUACUCAGGGGAGGGAUGGGCCGAGCCCUCUGCAAAGCCCUUCCUGGACAGCACUACGACAGUUGCCGAAGUCAAGAGUCAGUUCGAUUACGACGAAGACGAACCUAAACGGCGCUUCUUUCCCGGACGCAGUAACAAGACGGGCCCUAAACCAGUCAUUCGCGGAACAGCAAAGCGAUUCUUCCUGAGAUGGCUUGUGCAUGCUCCAGCUAUCGCGGUCACCUGUGGCAUUAUCUGGAUCAGCCACAUGCAGCUAUUUUGGUACCCAGAGCACGGGGUCGAGCCAUUCAGCAACAUCCACGUCAAGCUCAGCGCGACAGUCAUCAGCAACUUGCUCCAGCUGGCAUCCAAAAUCCAUGAGAUUAUGAUCGUUGCAUCUCUCGCUUCCAUCUCUGUCGCCAUGUUCAAGCGCAGACUUGUGGGCAAAGGUGUCCGCCUUGGCUUCCUUACUGGUGGUUACCGAGUUGGAGACCUAGAGUAUCUUCUUAGUGGUGCUUUUUGGAAGCAGGGCAAGGGUGUCACAUUAAAUAUCUGGGAGAUCGGUUUGGUCGCCUACCUAGUCUUUGCGACCAUCAUGUCUACUGUCGUCGGACCGGCUUCCGCAAUUUUGCUGGUGCCCAGUCUGGGAUGGUUUGACCUCGACGGUGCUUUCCAGGAUGUCAGGAUGCCGCUUAGCUACGGAGCCUCGCCGGAAGAAGCUUGGCCUCGAAGCCUGAACAGCUCUUUAUUCGAUUCAACACCAGAGUGCAACACUACCGAGGCACUCUAUACAUAUUGGUGUCCGGUCGGCGGCUUUUCCGACAUUUGGAACUGGGCGGAAGGAUUCCGAUAUGCUGGACUGACAGACAACAUCACCUUCCAACAUCCAUCAACGGAGCUCCGUCGUCGAUUGUCUUUGUCCGAGCACGUUACUCAGAACGACGGAUCCGUUUUGAUGUUCACAACUCCAUCUAGUUCGAUCAUGACUACGAUUGGACUUUUUGCCAAGUACGUUGCUCGGAAGCCAGUGCCUAUCGGGACUGUUACGGACGCAAAGCGCUACCAGCUUACGACUACGACACCAUUGCAACAACCCUUUGUACACGGGAAGUGCGUCUUGUACGAUCGCGAUCAACUUCUCCAAAGCAAAGCUCUCCCAUCUUUCCCGGUGUCGGCGCUCAACUGCUACGGUGAUGCUGGGUGUCUUCGCGUCCAGCAGGACAAGCCUACAUUCAAAUCCGGGACAUGGAACGAUACGAGUGUCGCGCCUAGAAUGACUUAUAAUCUCCACUACUACGACAAGAAAUCCCAUGGCGGAGCGAUGCUCAUAGCCGGUACGAUCCCUUACGUCGGUGACGGAUCGAAACAAAGGCUGUGGGUUUACACAUGCAGCUUUCUGCCGCGCUGGGUCCCUGCGUCUUUCACAUUGGAUUCUGGGGAUUCCAGCAUGCUCUCGUCCAACUUCAGCUCAGCGGAUGACAUGACUGCAAUGUUGCAGAAUACCACGGCGCAAUCGGACAGGGUAGUACAGGCAGAUCCCACUUGGGUCAAGCUCAUUGACCCUGAGUUCAACAUGACGCGGAUGGUGUCAGGGAACUCAGCCCCCGGGGCUUCGGCAACAUCACCUAUCAAAUUGAUCUUGAACCAGUUCCUGGAUAGCCGAGAGCAGAAUGGGACGAAAUUCACGUACAUGGACACGGUAGACGGGAAUCAGAAGAGUACUGAAAUCUUCUUGACUAAGGUUUUUGGUGUUUUUCUCACAGACAGUCUGGCAAGAACAUCCUCUCACGAGAGAGCCGCUCUCAUUCUCGAGGAGACGGAUACAUCUAUGAAGUGGAUUGACCUCAAAGAGCAGAUGGGGUACGAGUCGGGUAUCCAUAGAGUCGAGGCUCAGAACAACAAAACGUACCCAUCACUUUCUUACUGGAACAACUACACGGAGCCGAUGCCCCUCACGCUCACUGUUUCGGAGGUUGCCCAAGAAUUCCGCAACACAGUCCAGAUCGAUUUCGAAACUCAGCGGUACGGAUACGGAUCUGGUCAAUUUACCAAGACAUUACAAUUUGCUCUGGUCAUGAUGUACAUCUACCUCGCAGUGGUCGGCAUCUACGGCUUCACCAUCUUCUCAUCACAUGCCACCGAACUCAUGGGCCAGCUUGUGGGUCGAAGACGGUUUCAUCUUAGAAGUGUGGUUGGUUGGGGUGACUUGGCUGAUUUGAUGCUGCUGGCAUUACGAUCGAACCCGCCCGAUGAUGUGGAGCUGAACCAUGUUGGUGCGGGUGUUCGCAAGUCACCUGGAGUGUGGAACAAGGUUGUCAAGGUUCGGAUUGACGAAGACAACAAGGUGCAGAUGCUACUACAUGAGAGAAAGGGCAUGAGUCCACCAAAACGAAAUGUUUUAUACUCGUAG